UUAUGGGAUGCUGUUUUAAUUUUAAACGAGUGAAAAGGCAGAUGGGAUACACUCCGGACCGGCAGAGGGCAGUGUCGUGACAAAAGCAGCGCUUUAUCCUCUGCGCAUGCGCGGGGCGGCGUGUUGUCGCGGAGGGUGUCAUGGCGGCGCUCGGAGACAGCUUGAUCCGCCUGCGGCUGCUCUUUGACUACCCCCCUCCGGCCGUGGCGGGGUGCCGCAUGUGCUGGCUGCUCGUGGACCGGAACGCGUGUCGCGUGGUGGCGGACCUGGAGGGUCUGAUCCGGCAGAAGUUCGAGUUCAGCCGCGGGAGCGUCCUCAGCCUGUUCGUGGAGGACUGCUACCUUCCGCACACGGAGAGCAUCUUCGUCGUGCGCGACAACGACAGCGUCAGGGUGAAUGUGGACUGUGUGGCUGCGCUGAACGGCUGCAGCAGCUGCGCAGACGCAGAAGGAGUCAAAAGCAAAAAGAGACGGAGAGACGGGGGGGAGGAGGGGCAGCUGGCUGAAAACAAGAAGAAGAAGAAGAAGAAGAAGAAGAAGAAACGAGAGGAGGGGGAGGCCGGAAGGAGCAAGCAGGAGACGGUUGACAGGAGGGAGGCGUCUCCGGGGAGGAGCAGCAAGAAGAAAAGGAAAAAGGAGGGGGAGAAAAGUAACACUGUUGCUCCUACACCUGCUGCCCCCCCCAGAAAAAACCCGCCCAGUGCCCCCCCAUCAGCUGGAAGCAACAAGAAGAAGGCCCCAGCCAAAACGCAGAGUUCCUCCACAGAGUCCAGCAGCGAGGAAAGCAACUGCCCCAAAAGAACUGCCGCAAGGACGGCGCCCCCCACCCCUGCUGCUUCCAAAACGCCCCCAAACACCAAGCCCCCCCAGAAGAACACACGGCCUCCCUCUUCAUCGUCCUCAGAAACAGACUCUGAUGGAAGUACCCCCACCCCCAAAUGCCCAGAAGCUCCGUCAGCGCUGAAACAGACAGAUGUGGUCCAGGCAGCCCCCCCUCAGGACAAAGGGGCGGAGCCUGCUGAUGCUGGGAGUGAGGAAGAGAUCCAGCUGGUCAUCCGACGGCCGCAGCAGCCUAACAGACACGCGGACGGCCUCUGGUCACGGCGCGGCGGCGGCAGGGGGGCGCGUGGAGGUGCUGGGGGGGCAGCAGGCCGGGGCCUCAGCGGUCAGAACAGUGACAAAGAGCCCCCCCUCCAGGCGCGUUCCCCGACCAACACGCCACCGCUCCUCCAGAAUGGAGCCGGGGGCCCCCCCACACGGGACUACAGCUCCAUGCCCCUGCUGGCCGCUCCUGCACAGCCGGGGCAAAGGAUCGCUUUCAAGCUGCUGGAGCUGACGGAGAACUACACCCCCGAGGUGUCUGAGUAUAAGGAGGCAAAGAUUGUGAGCUUUGACCCGACCACCAAACAGAUUGAGCUUGAACUUCUUCACGCCUCCAAAGCUCCUGUUGAACCGGGCAAGUUUGACCUGGUUUACCAGAAUCCAGAUGGCUCCGAACGAGUGGAGUACGCCGUCUCCAGGGGGUCAAAGGUGACGGAGCGCUGGGAGUCUCUGCUGGAACCCAGACUCGUCCUUGAGGUUUGACGUUUACGUCUCUGCUUUGGCCCAGAAAAAGUUUUAGACCAAAGAACUGAAGUCUGGAACACACCGGUUUGAUGUUUUGUACAGUUUUGUGACCAUGGCGACCUGCUAAUAAACUUUUUUAUGAAAUGA